GGAAAAGCCGACGUUGGUAUACACGUUUCUUAUAAGAUGUUUUAACGGACAUUAUUCACUUGAAGACGCAAAGGAACGUCAACGACGUAAACAGUUUGCGCUAUGGAUAUCCAGCAACGUGUGCUAGGUGACGAGUCAAAUCUGGAAUUGAUUGAGAUUGGUCAAUUGGAGGACGACCAGCCCACAAACACUGCUCAUGCCUACCCGCCAGAUCGUGGAAAACAUGCCUGGCUUUUCCUUUGGGUUGGUUGCUUCUUGAUGAUAGCGUUGACAUGGGGGUUCCCUUUCUCGUAUGGCGUUUUUCAGAGUUACUAUUCUACUCAUCCGCCAUUCUCGGAUCAUCCUGAAGGAUUACCCGCAGUUGGAACCACGGCGUUGGGGACUCUAUAUUUGACAUCGCCUCCGUCGUUCAUCAUUCUACAGCGAUAUCAGUCGCACAGACGACUAGCUCUUAUUGUUGGAUCAGUUGUCACAUGCUUAGCUGUUCUCGCAUCUGCGUUUGCCACUAAAGUCUGGCAUCUGCUUCUAACCCAAGGUAUCCUGUAUGGACUUGGCGCCAGCGUUGUGAAUACGGUAACUAUCCAGUUUCUGAACGAGUGGUUCAUCGAGCGCAAGGGCCUCGCCUUUGGGAUUCAAGAAGCGGGCGCUGCUAUGGGCGGCGUAGUAAUUCCCGUUCUUAUGACAUGGGGACUUGACAAGUACGGGCAUCGCAAUAUCUUGAUAGCUUGGUUCCUCGCUAUUACUAUUCUGUCCCUGCCGUCUAUUUACUUCCUCCGGGAACGUGUGAGGCCCAGGGCGGCUGAUGCUUCCGAGAUUGGCACAUUGGGCUUCGUUGCCACGCCUAUCUUUUUGCUUCUUCAAGCUGGCAAUAUCUUCCAGGCCCUUGGGAAUUUCUUGCCUGGUAUCCAUCUUCCGUCAUUUGCUCUACGCUUUGGCGCCUCACCCUUGGCUGCGGCGGGGAUGUUGUCAUUUUAUAAUGUGGCAUCCGUCAUAGGCGCCAUCGGCACGGGGUACCUAGUCGACCGCUACCACGUUUCAGUAACAUUGUUUCUCCUGUCACUAGGGGCAGCUGUCGCGGUUUUCUUCGCUUGGGGGUUCGCGGGAAAUUUCGCAACUCUGUGUGGGUUUGCUUUUAUCUACGGCAUGUUUGCUGGGGGUUGGAGCUCGACAUGGGUUGGCAUAGGGCUCGAAAUACAGAAACGCAGCCCCCACGCUGAUCUAGGCGUGCUGUGGGGAUUUGCAGCCGCGGCGAGAGGUGUCGGUAGCAUCGCAAGCGGACCUAUCAGCGAGCGGCUGAUAGCUGAGGGUGUUGGCAAGACAUCUUGGUGGCCUAAGAAUUACGGUUCGAACUAUGGCGUUUUAAUCCUGUUUAAUGGAAUUAUGUUGGUUCUAGGGAGCGUCGGUUGCACUGCUCGGAUAGUCGAAAUUUUGAAGAGGGUUGGGCAUCGGCACAAUGACUAGUCCUAGUCUGCUUAGCAGGUGCAGGGACCGGGGUGCCGGAAGCCAUCACGUGAUGGGCGCCAACUUUAAAACGGACGUUAACGACCAAUUUUAGAA